CUUCCGGACGCGGACGGUAACGUUUUGGGAACAAGUUUCUUUGGAUUUUUUGAAAUAUCGCUACUAUUCAGUUGGAAGAAUGGCGUACAGAGGGCAAGGACAGAAGGUGCAGAAGGUUAUGGUGCAGCCAAUUAACCUCAUUUUCAGAUAUCUACAAAAUCGCUCACGGAUCCAAGUGUGGUUGUAUGAGCAAGUGAACAUGCGGAUAGAGGGCUGUAUUAUCGGCUUUGAUGAGUACAUGAAUCUGGUUCUAGAUGAUGCUGAGGAAGUCCACAUGAAGACGAAAAACAGAAAGCCCCUGGGGAGGAUCAUGUUGAAAGGCGACAACAUCACCUUGCUACAGAGUGUGUCUAACUAACAGAGUGGCACGUUUCCAGAAUCUGAUCUGCAUCUGUGAAGUGUUUUUUUUUUCAUGGAUGUUUUUUUUCCUUCUUUUUCUUUUAUCUUGUUUUUUUUUUCUAUAGAUAUUUUCCCAGCUUCCCUUGUUUCUGUAAACAGUUAAUCAUAUUCAUUUUUUUAUGUGCAUGAAUUUUGGGUUGUUUUACCAAGAAUAGAAUAGAAUGGAAUUCUUUUAAUUUUUUCUAUAGAUUUUUUUUUUUCUUUCCUAUGGAUAUUUUUCCCAGCUUCCCUUACUUCUGAGUCAUUCUAUGAAAUGGGUGUCGUUUCCACUUCUCAAUUUUCAAAAUUUUCAUCAAGAGCAAUUUUUUUUCCUACAACAUUAAAGACAUAUUAACCCUCCAAAAAAACACAUAUUCCCACCUCAGGCAUAAAAGCCUUAUUAAUAUUUUCCUUUUUCAGACAUGGGAGCCAUUCUUGUACUACCCCGUCACAGACAAUUAUGUACACCAUUUGAGUAGUACGCCUGAAAUAAAUGUUAAAAAUCUAAUGUUUCCCUACUAGUAAAAUUUCCUUUUUUUUGGAAACCAUCAAUAUGAAGUAUGUAAUUUAAUUAUUUCUUUCAUUUUUAGAUUCUGCUUCUUGGAAUCUGAAUUCGAGAUGUCAAUGGCCUCGUUGUUUGUACAAAAAAUACUAAUUCACUUUAACAUUUCAAAUAAAAGUUACAUUUAUUUGAUUAGUCCACAAAACAUGAAUGUUAUUCAACAUUAAUUUAUGGAGUAUUUCACUCCCUUUUCAUUAUUUUUUACAAAAUGACCCUGUGACCGGGUGGCAACUGAUGUGACGGAGUGGUUCACUGACGGGGUGGUACGGACAAAUUGUCUCACUGUGAUCUGUUGGUUUGUCUUCAUCCAACAUUAGAAACUUUUGUUAAUUCUUGAUGUACUGUAAAUGUAGGCAUGAGUUAAUGAUACAAGAUCCAAAAUAUAUAUCAACAUUAGAGUUUAUUAAUACAACAGCAUGCUACAAAUAUGUUUGUAUUAAACUAAACAAAUGCUGACCAUUCAAAAUGUGAAUAAAAGCAUCAGUACUUCAAAUAUGCAUUAUUCAAGACAUUUAAAAAUUGAUUAAAAGAGCAUUUCAUUUUCAUUAAGUUACUCUUAAUGACCAAUAAUAAUUAUGAAACAUGAACAAUGGUUCAAAUAGGCAAAAAAAAAAAAAGAAGAAACUUUGCCUUCAAAACUUUAAAAACGGGAGAGGAAAGGAGGGCGUUUAAAACAUUUAAAAACGGAAAUGUAAUGUCAAACUGGUCCUGGCCAUGAAAAACUGAAGGCAUUUGUCACUAGAAAUGAGAAUUUUAAACAUAUUUUCCAAAAGAUCUACUCCCAGAGGAGCAUUCCAUCAGACAUUUGUUGUCCUAAUGAGACUGCAGAAUUAAUCCUCCAUCCUCCAUCUUAUGUGACUAUAAACUAUGAUUGAGAAUGUCCCGGAAAAUUAUUUCCUAAACAGAGUGGGAACUCUGACAUCCUCAAAAGCUUCAAGAGCAUGAUGACAGUGACUGGGAGAGUUGCUUCCAUACAUCCCUCUGGAUUGCCAUGUGACGGGAUGUCACAGGCUGUGGUGCUUGAAUGAUUUCGAGCACCAGAUCAAAGAGGUACCACAGGAUGUCAUCUCUUGCAGGCCAGAAGAACCUGUUGGCACCAGCGCGGUGCAUGCAUUUGACUUGGUCAUGUGUUCGUCUGCAUUCAAGAUGAGCCCUGGAUGAAGGUCAUUGUAUUUAAGCACGCACCACUUCCCAAUGAGAUCUCCACUUCCCCAAGCAAUAGCUUCUGUCGGCACCUGUUUGGCUGCCUCUGUCGGCACCUUUUGGGCUGUCUUGUUAAAAGUGAAGUGCUGUGUUGUGAAGCACUGACAUCUCAGCUGCUUUUGCGUGGAGCACAUGCAACUGACUUCCCGGUAAACGAUCUCUCCUGGAGUGAAUGUGACCACUUGGUGGGUUUUCAUUGUGGAUGGCACUGGGGGAAUCUGGGCUGGCAUCCUUUCCAUUGCCUGCUCCUCUGCUUUGCUUGCUACAUAAAACAGUUGUAGAUGUUUCUGUGAGGGCCUUAUAUAGCUCAUGGGCAUCAGGAAUGUCACGGCCGUUGGUCACCAGCUUCCCUUACCACCGCGUCACAAUAAAACGUGACAGGGUGGUAAAUGUCAUUCUAAAAUGGCCGCAGCUCUCCGUGUGAUCAAGUUCCUGACCUAGCAUACAUGCAUUCAAUUUGAAAUAUCAUUUUCUUUGCAUUAAUAGUGUAAAAAAUUUAAUAAAAACCAGUUAAGCCUAUCUAUUUUGUGUGAUGGGGUGGUUGGGUUGAGCUUGACGGACCCCAUCUAACAUGAAAAAACAAAUUAACAAUGUAAAAGAAUGUCAGAACUUGCCUGCUUUUGUUCUUGGAAGCUCCAAAGGAUCAAAUGAUGUCACUUUCUUUUCGUGAUGUUAUUUAAAGCAACGGUAGAUUAUUUAUAGACAAAAUAAGUUAGUGUGAUGGAGUGGUAUGUCAAACUGAGGGACGCACACAAAUGCAAUUUUUACACAAAUGUGUUUUUUUAUUUUGAAUUAGUAUAUCUGAUGUAAACAGACAUGCAUAUACUCCUGAAAAUAAGAAAGGUUUGAUAAAAAUAUAAAAUUUAUCUGGUGAUAUUUUAGAUGCAAAUGUCAUGUUGGUCAAUACUGACAUGUGAAAAUGGCCAUGUACUAAUGGAAAAUGAUUAAAACAUAGUAUUUUACUCUUUAAGAAUAGUAUUUUCUCAUAUAUCAUGUUAACAAGAACACUUGAAUUAAUAGCUUUAAGGUUUGGAAACACACUUCGGAACAUUUUUUGUGCCUUAUGAAUCUCAUCAAACGUUACGGACCCAAAUGGCACCUGUUUCAUAGAAUGACUCUUUUGUAAACAGUGUGAAUCAUAUUCAUUUUUUAUGUACAUGAAUUUUAGGUUGUUUUACCAAGAAUAGAAUAGAAUAGAAUAGGUUAAAAAUAAGUGUCUUUGCUAGAGUUGUUGCUGAUGUCUAUUCUCCCAUUUAUUUUAAUGUCUUUAAACCAUUUUUAUGUGCUUCUAUUGCCAUCUAGUGGCAGACCUUGCAUUGUAUAGUUAUGUAGGUCAAACACCAUGUGCGUAUUCAACGUGUCUACGGAAAACAUGAACGUUGUUGCCUGAGCAAAAUGUGGGGAUACUGAUGUGAUUUAUGGUUUAUAGUUAGUGCAUGUAGGUUUAAGCACAUAUCCGCAAUGCAGAAUAAUUCAGUGUAAUGACUAUGAAAAUUGAUUUGUUUGAUGUGUUAAUUUAGAAAUUCAAGUAAUAAAUGUAAAAGCGCAUAGGGGGCAGUACUAUAAGCGCUUGUAAUUUCAACAAUAUAAUUUCCAAAAUUGAGGACUCCUCUGUAGAAUGAUGAAAUUGUAUACUUUUCUCUGCCAACAGACUUAACAUGACACAAAUAAAAGAAAUAUCCACUUAAA